GGAUCUACAGGAAGUAAGCUGUCGGAGUGAUUUCUGUUUCUUCCAGGAGGCGAUGUAGCUAUCCAAAAUAGCUAAAACAGGGCACAACCGCUGCCAUUAGACUCAUACCACGCUGCUAACACGAUUAUGAUUUCUUAAUAAUUUUUUUUUGCGUCAUAUUCAAUAAGAUAACGCGAUCGCGGAGGACAGCUAAAGCUAAAAAAAACAACAAGCUGUGUAGCAUGCUGGACGUGGGGAAGUGGCCAGUGUUUGCGCUCCUUCCUCCCGAGGAACUACGGCUUAUCCGGCAAGCUUGUGUGUUUGGCAGUGCUGCGAACGAAGCCCUUUAUGUCACAGUUAACGAUGAGGUCUUCGCUUUAGGCACCAACUGCAGUGGCUGUUUGGGACUCGGAGACCUUCAAAGCACCAUUGAGCCACGCAGGAUUGAUGUGUUGUGUGGAAAGAAGAUUACGUCCCUAAGCUAUGGAACUGGACCUCAUGUGGUUAUCGCCACAGCAGAUGGUGAGGUUUAUGCCUGGGGUCACAAUGGCUACAGCCAACUGGGAAAUGGGACCACCAACCACGGUCUGAUCCCGGCCCUGGUGUCAACCAACCUCCUUAACAAGAGAGUGACAGAAGUGGCCUGCGGCUCCCACCACACCAUCGCCCUCACCAGCGACGGAGAGGUGUACGCGUGGGGUUACAACAACUCAGGCCAAGUGGGUUCUGGGUCGACGGCCAAUCAGCCGACGCCGCGUCGGGUCAGCAGCUGCCUGCAGAGCAAAGUGGUGAUCAACAUCGCCUGUGGCCAGCUCUGCUCUAUGGCUGUUCUGGACAACGGAGAGAUCUAUGGUUGGGGCUAUAAUUGUAACGGACAGCUGGGUUUGGGCAAUAAUGGAAAUCAGCAGACCCCGUGCAGGAUCGCUGCCCUCCAAGGGAUCAACGUAGUCCAGGUAGCAUGUGGAUAUGCACACACACUGGCUCUUACAGAUGAAGGGCUUGUGUACGCCUGGGGAGCUAACUCCUAUGGACAGCUGGGGACGGGCAAUAAAAGUAAUCAAGCUCUUCCCACCCUAAUAAACACAGACAAGGAGAGGAUGGUGGAGGUGGCCGCGUGUCACACCAGCCACACGUCAGCUGCCAAGACGCAGAGCGGCCAGGUUCUGAUGUGGGGUCAGUGUCGAGGCCAGGCCGUGUCCAGCCCCCACCUCACCCACUUCAGCAGCACCGACGACGUGUUCGCUUGCUUCGCCACGCCGGCCGUCACCUGGCACCUCCUCUCAGUGGACGGUGACGACUACAUGACCGUCGCUCAGUCUCUGAAGAAAGAGUUCGACAGUCCGGAGAUUUCUGACCUCAAGUUUUUAGUUGAUGGGAAGUGCAUUCAUGUUCACAAGGCCCUGCUGAAAAUCAGGUGUGAGCAUUUCCGUACGUUGCUGAAUGAAACGGACGAUGAGGCCAUAGAAAUCCACCAGUUCUCCUACCUGGUGUACAGAGCCUUCCUGGAGUACCUCUACACAGACACCAUUAGCCUGCAGCCAGAGGAUGCUAUUGGGCUGCUCGACUUGGCUACGUUCUACCGAGAGACGAGGCUGAAGAGGCUGUGCCAGGAGACGAUCAAGAGGGGCAUUUCCGAAGAGAACGCCAUCACUCUGCUCUCGGCCGCCGUCAAGUACGAGGCCAAGGACCUGGAGGAGUUCUGCUUCAAGUUUUGUGUCAACCAUCUAACAGCUGUUACGCAGACCCAGGCCUUUGCAGACAUGGACCACGACCUGCUCAAGAACUUCAUUAGUAAGGCCAGUCGCUACGGAGCCUUCAAAAACUAGAGCGGCCCCCUCGCAGUGACGGAUUCAAGGAGGCGGGGUUUAAUCCCACCGAGGAGAGCCGACCAAAACAAACAAACCCCCUCGUCUGCUGAGCUCCUCUCAAGGUUGUGCUACGGGCAAAGUUAAUACCGAGGAGGUGAACGGUUUAGGGUUUCAGGUGCUAACUGAUGCUGCUCUAAACCUUGUCCAAACACACAGGAGGCGGGGCAUAAAUACUGGGUCGCACUGCUAAUCCAGGCUGAGACUGAACAGGACGAUCUACCACUGAGGUUCUGAUUCUGUUAUGUUACUGAGACUUCCUGCUGUGGUUCAUCAAACCAAACUAAUGGAAGCAGAUGGCUUAAAUAUUUGGGUUUAAACUUAUGAGAAUAUAAAGUGAGGAUUUAGUACUUUUUAUCAGUGCACUUCAUAACACAAAUACUCUGUGCAUCUGAAUCUCUGGUUAUAUUGAUUAAUCAGCAAUAAAAUCAGCCACUCAUUUUCUGCUGCUUUCACCUUGUAACAGGAUAUUAGUCAGUUAAAUAUACCUGUAAAUAUUGUAUAGAUACGUUUUCUAUUGUUUUUUUACAUUAAUUUAAGCAGUUAAAGGUGUAGAGUGGCUCAGACUGUUGUUUACACUUCACUAAGCACAUAGUGUGGCUCAGCCAAGAACAUCUUUAGGAAAUUGCCUGCUAGUUCUGUAAAAUAAAUGGCAACAAAAGCUCUUAAACAUUGAUGUUUCUUCAGUAAUUCUCCCCAUUUAUGUAUAUUUUUGUUGGCCCUGAUUCUCCAACUCUUAAAGGAUCAGGAAUGAUUAAUGAGGACCAGCGUUCAUGCAGUUCUUGCAUCUUUUUUGCCACUUUAUUCAGUUUAUCCAUAUGUAGCCCGGAGCUGUAAUGAUUGACAGUUGUGUUGACUUAAAUGAAAAAAGUUACAGGUUUUAAAAAGGUCAGAAAAGUUUUCUUAUUGUUCAGAAUGUUGGUUCUUCAGUGACUUUUCACAUGCAGCUGCUGUUUCACUUGUUUCCUUCUGGUUUGUAUACACACACAGAUUGUUUUUAUUUCUAAUAACUAAAUAGCUGCAGAAAUGGAUUCAUUUUGACAGGAUUUCUUUCUCACUUCACAGCACCGUGUGGCAGCAAAGCUCUGCUUUUAUUUCUUUAUUAGGCCACUUAAGAAUGUUUUCUGAGAGUUUUUAUAAAUGCUAAUAAAUGUUUUUAUUUUUUAUGAAGAAUUCUGUUAAUUGAUGAUAUUUGGAAAUGUUCUGUUGAUCUACUGAAAUAAAUAAGUUGAUAAAUGACA